GUGGGGCCCAUAUGUCAUGGGGACAGUUCGGAGGGUUUCGGUCGGUUUCAAGUGGCUCUCUCCCUUGAUGCCGCCCACGCGCCCGAAGCCAUGUCCAAAGCUGUGUCGCGCAUUCCGUCGAGCACCUUGACCUCGCUCCUCCCCCGAGCCCUCAACCCCCACGUCGCCGUCGUCGACCUCGUGUCCACCCACCUUGCCGCAGCGGCCGACGACGCCAAGCCCAUCGACCUCACUCGCCUGCUCCCAUACCUCGGCCACGACGAGCUCACCGCCGUCGUGCUCCGCGCGGGCCACUCCCACCCGCUCCCCACCCUCCGCUUCCUCCUCGCGCUCCCGCCGCCGCUCCAGCCCUCGCCUCCGCACCUCGCGUUCCUCGCGCACUCGCUCGCCUCCUCCCGCCUCUUCUCCCACGCGCUCGACGCGCUCUCCCACCUCGUCCGCCUCCACCCGGGCCACGACGCGCUGCCCACGCUCCUCCUCGCGUCCCCCACCGCGCCGCACCCUUCCCUGCCUGGCCUCCUCGUCAAGGCCCUCCUCCGCCACGCCCGCCUCCGGGACGCGUUCCGCGCAGCCCUCCGCGCGGCCGCCGCCGGCGCGCCCCCCGACGCCGCCGCCUUCAAUGCGCUUCUCGCCGCGCUCUCCCGCGCGGGGCGUUUCGAUGAGCUCUGGGCCGCGCGCGCGGCCAUGGCCCGCGCCGAGGUGCGGCCCGACGCGCGCACAUUCAACAUCCUCGUCGCCGCGCUCUGCCGCGGGGAGGACGCGGAGCGCGCCCAGGGGUUCCUCGAGGAGCUGGAGGAGCAAGGGUUUGAGCCGGACGUGGUGACGUACAACACGCUCCUCGCAGGCUACUGUCGCAGAGGGAGGCUGCAGGACGCGCUCCACCUGUUCGACGUAAUGCCACAUAGGCGCGUGCCACCGGAUUUGGUCUCGCACACCAUUCUGAUAGACGGGCUGUGCAAGGCCUGGAGGCUGAAAGAUGCACGCCGGAUGUUUGACAGGAUGGUGCAGAAUGGCUUGUGCCCUGAUGCUGUUGCUUAUAGUGUUCUGAUCACAGGGUACUGUAAUGAGGGACGGCUAAGGGAGGCGAGGUUUCUGCUGAUGGAGAUGGUUGGGAGCGGGCUCUCAGCGGUAGCAUUCGCUCUCAGGAUUGUGAUUGAGGGUCAUGUAAAAUUCGGUAAGUUGCUGACCUGCUUGAAUAUGGUAGCUCCACUAAGGAAAUAUGGUGUUGUCAUCCCAUCGCAGAGUUAUAGCUGUUUGAUUGGUGCAUUGUGCAAUGAAAUGCGCCCUAAUGCUGCAAGGGGUUUGCUGCAGUGGAUGAUAGAGGAUGGGCACAGUCCUAGAUUGCAGAUGUACAAUAUGAUUGUGGACUGCUUCUGCCAAUGUGACAAUCCAAAGGAAGCUUUGGAUGUCAAGGUUGAGAUGAUGUCCAGAGAAGUGAAACCAGACUACGACACUUACCGGUCACUCAUAACUUGCCUUAGCAGAUUGGGAAGGAGCUUGGAUGGUCAGUCAGUAAUGGUGGAGAUGAUUGAUUCAGGUUCCGGACCGAAUGAGGCCAUUUGUGCUGCCUUGGUUUGUGGCUUCUGCAAGGAAGGCGAACUUGGUAGAGCAGAACUAAUUGUGAAGUCUUUCGUGCUCGAUUUUCAGAUCCACUGUAAUGACAGCUAUAAUGCGUUGAUGAGGACUUACUGCGAGACUAGGAGCACAGCAGAGUCACUAGCUCUGCAGGACAGGAUGUUAGAGUUGGGUUUUGUUCCAAACAGUGAAACUUGUCGAUCUCUUAUCUAUGGGCUGUCGAAAGGGGCUGGUUAAGUUGAUGGCAUCUGUUAUGGUCUUAUGGAAGGAACCAACUUCAAUUGUCUUAUUGAAUGGUAUACAUGAUUGCGUAAUAUGCGUGUGCAAUGCACCCGUUUCCAUAGCAAUGGUGUUCCAAGGCCAAAAAGCCCAUGCUUGAUUAUUUCGAGCACAGGCUUCUGCGCAAACUGGAGGCAAUGUUUCAUGCUGGUCUGACAUAGGAUGCCGAGGCCAAAGAUGCUGGUUAAAGCUGAGUGGUUCCUGCAUUGUCAAAUUUUGUUAGUGAAUGACGCAGUGGACAAAAGGUGCAAACCAACACAAAUUUGAGGAUCUUAUAAGUCAAUUGUAAAUUUGGCAAGCAAAGUUGUGCAGAUACAAAAUAAUACAAUUUUAAAACAUACAUAAACAUACAGUUUUGAGGUAUUUUAUUUAACUUUUCUUUUGAAGAAAAAUAUCUAGCUGUUGCUGUGGAGGGUGGAGUUCACAUUUUACCAAGACAGGUUAGAGGGUCAUGAGCAUGACUCAGUGACUCUUGGUACCAUGGUUUGCAACAAAACAUAGGUGACUCAGAGAUGGUUUCAACCUUGGACUCCAUUUGUUCACCAAAAAAAAAACUUGGACUCCAUUCUUGGAACCAGAUCUUGUUUUUUUUUCUCCUCUUUUCUUCAACAGAGUAAAACACCAUGACAGCUAAAAUUCCACUUGUGGCAUCCCAUUGUCAAUGUCAGCUGGUAUUCAAAUGGUUAAUUCAGAUCAAAACAAGCAGAGUUGUGAUGCCCUUGACAGAUUCCUUGGCUGCCUCAAUCCCUCAGAGGUGGAACAGCACGAUGUGCAUGAUGGUUUAUGGAGCAAAAUGGUGAAGGGAGAGAGGUAGAACAAGUGGGGCAAACUUUCUUGAAGAAACCAGAUUGGACUGAUGUAGUCACGCAAGCACCAGGCAAGGUUGUCGUGCCCAACAAAUGUUUAUAGAUGCUACUUUACAUUUUUUUUUCUGAAACAAGGCUUUACCCCCAUUUCCAUUACCCAGAAGUUUGAUAGAUACUACUUUACAUGCUAUGUGUCAGUGCUCAAUAGGGAGGUUAAUCAAAUACCUUGCAUCACCUACUGAUACUGACCUCAGCCAUCUGCUUCAUGCAAGGAGAUGAAAUCUGAGAUGCGCAUAUGUGCUGUAAAUUAGGAACUGUGUACUGUUUGUGUAAGCAUGCUGAAAUUGACAGAAAUUUCAGUUCCUAUAUUUCCGUUUGCAGUUCAGAGUAGAAUAUUGGUUUGUACUUUGAUCUGUUGAGUGAGCUCUGUUUUAAAUUUGGGCUGUCAGAUCGGGGCUCCAUAUGUAGCUGAUUAUUGUAGCAGUCUGGAAUGUGGUGACGUUUUGAGGUAUUGAACCGUA